CGGCGACUGAUUUGAUGCUGAGGUCUGGCGUGACAUUUCGCAGGACUGGUUCUUCACAACUUGUACAACCUCUAAUUGGAGAGCAGAAUCUUUGCACUGGCAUUAUUAAGAUUAGGACAUGACUUGACUUGCACAGGGGGAAAGACACCUGGGAUUUAGAUUGACGCUUGGACAUGAUAGAUUUUAACAAGCACUUGAGUGUACUUUAGUGUGAGUUGAUGUCUAGUAUUGGACAGUAUGCUCAGUAAAAAUGAGUAAUUCAACGCAGUUUGGAUCAUAGUGAGAGCUGUUUUUAAUAUUCUGGUUGUCUUACUGGAUCUCAUUAGCAGGUGACAACAUUGCACACACCAAGGUUUGUUCUGAUAAGAGCAAUAAACCUUUGAACCACAAUGGACAUGGUCCAAGCUGUUGCAUGACUUAUGUGCAAACAUGAGCGCUACACUGUAAAAAAAAAAAAUCUGUAAAAAAAUGGUCAUCAACGAAAACCAUAAAAUUAAAGUAAAACAUUGUAAACCAAAUAAUGAUCAAAAACAUUAUAUUUACAGAAAUUUUCAUGAAACGUUUUGCGGAAAAAUAUCGUAAUUUUACAGAUUUUUACUAAAUUAUUAAGAUCAACCACCUUUAAUUAAGUGACAAUGCAAACAGUUCUGCAGAAAAAUACCUUUAUUCUACAGAGUUUUUCUGAAUUGUUAAGAUCAACCACCUUUAAUAAAGUGACGAUGCAAACAGUUCUGCAGAAAAAUACGUAGAUUGUUAGUAUGGACAUAGACUUUUAUAUAACAAGCUACAUAUUUAAUGAAAGAUAAUUACUGUAAUUUUACAUGAAUUUGAAAGUAAUUUAAGAAAACAGAAAAUGCUAUGUAUAAUUAAUUUGGUAUUUUUCUGUAAAAAAAUAGAAAUAUACAUAGUUUGUCAUUACUGGCAUAUUACUUAAAAUAACAGGCGGAUUGUUUAUUUACAGAUAAUGUCUUCAAUUCUACAGUUUUAUAAACUAUUUUAAAAAAAUAGAAAAAUUACAGUAGAAAUUUAGAGUAAAUUAAGCAUAAAAAUAGGAUUUUUUUUACAGUGUACGAAACAGAGUCACUUCUCUUCAUGUUAGAUCAGCGACAUUGUGUCCAAACAUGCUCUAAAACAGGCUUGGGCAAUUAUUUUGACUCGGGGGGCCAUAUUUAGAGAAAAAAAUGUGUCUGGGGGCUGGUAUAUCUAUUUUUAGGAAAACUAAUACAAAACCUCACAAUAAAGUCUGAUCGAAUGCUAAAAAUGUUAUGACAGACCGCCUUAAAAACGGAAUGGAAUUUUAAAUUUUUCUAUGAACGAUAAAACCCGAUAAAACCCUGAAUGUUGAGAACAUAUGAAAGUCACACCCCCUCUCCAUCCACAUAUUUUACAAUCAAGCCAAAUGCAACAAAAAUGCAACAAACACAGCGAAAUAUGAACGCGAAGGGUAAAAAAACUAGGGAUGUCCGAUAAUGGCUUUUUGCCGAUAUCCGAUAUUCCGAUAUUGACCAAACCCUUAAUUACCGAUACCGAUAUCAACCGAUACCGAUAUAUACAGUCGUGGAAUUAACACAUUAUUAUGCCUAAUUUGGACAACCAUGUAUGGUGAAGAUAAGGUCCUUUUCAAAAAAAAAAAAAAAAAAAAGAUAAAUAAAUUAAAAACAUUUUCUUGAAUAAAAAAGAAAGUAAAAUAAUAUAAAAACAGUUACAUAGAAACUAGUAAUUAAUGAAAAUGCGUAAAAUUAACUGUUAAAGGUUAGUACUAUUAGUGGACCAGCAGCACGCAGAAUCAUGUGUGCUUACGGACUGUAUCCCUUGCAGACUGUAUUGAUAUAUAUUGAUAUAUAAUGUAGGAACCAGAAUAUUACUAACAGAAAGAAACAACCCUUUUGGUUUUUUUUGGGUUGGUGUACUAAUUGUAAGUGUAUCUUGUGUUUUUUAUGUUGAUUUAAUAAAAAAUAAAAAUAAAUAAAUAAAUAAAAACAAUACAGAUAACAAAAAACCCCGAUACCGAUAAUUUCCGAUAUUACAUUCUAAAGCAUUUAUCGGCCGAUAUUAUCGGACAUCUCUUAAAAAAAACAAAAAAACAUCUACAAUCUGAUACAUCUGAUAUAUCACUAGGCUUUAGAACUUUCUUGUAAAAAUCUCCUUCUGCGUCUGUCCCUGGCACUCGCAUUUCAGGCUGGCCGCUCUGGAAACACUCUGUGGAAACGCUCCCCACCCACACUGCUUGGUGCCUCGUCUGAAAUGCCGUGACGUAGUUUACCAUAGUCACUAGUAGGGUUGUACGGUAUACGGGUAUUAGUAUAGUACCGCGAUACUAAUAAUUCAUAUUCGGUACCAUACCGCCUCUGAAAAGUAGCGGCCCGCCACACACUAAGAUUUUUUGUUAAAAUAAAGCCAAUAAUGCAAUGUUUUCCGGUCCCCUUUAUUUAGAAAAGUAUCGAAAAGUAUCGAAAUAAUAUUGGCAUCGGGACAACGCUAGUCACUAAAAUAUCAUGCCAAAGCACAGAUUCCAACCAUUGAAAUACUUUGUAUAGUUCAAGACUUACGGUAAUUAGAGAACAUCACUGCACAUCAUAAUGGCAGCUACAGUUUCCAUCCAAAAUUUGGGAAUAUCCGGCGGGUCAGAUUGAAAAGCAUGUGGCCCCCGGGCCUUAAUUUUUCCAGGUCUGCUCUAAAAUGUUCCCGGAUGCUUUCUGUGCUUCCAGGCAUGGAGGCCUUCUGGGGAGAUGCAGAGGACGGUAGUGAGGACAGCUCAGGACCCAGGAAGUCCAAAAUAAAGUCCCUGAAGUCUCGUCUUUUCGGGAAGAGUAAAAGAACCGGCGAGGAGUUCAACGCCAAACUCAGCCAGUCGACCAGUGACAUCCACGCGGGAGAGACACUCGGCUCGGAGGAAGAUUUAACAGGCCCCCAAGGGACGAUAGGAUCCCGGGCGCUGUCCCACGACAGCAUCUUCUGGGCCGAGGACGACCUGACAGACGAGGAGCCGGCGAAGGUUUCAUCACAGGAAAACGUUCACAGCAAAAUUAAAGCUUUGCAGAUGAAGCUUCAGCAGCAGAAGAUGCAUCUCGGACCUCCUCCCCUGGUUCUGCCAGUCAGGCGCCAAGAGGAUGUAGGAGGCCGCUCGGGGGACGGCUUUUCCCCUCAUAAGCUCCCUGGGAUCUAUGCAGCGGGGGACAUUACAAGCCAUGGACCCCUCAGCAAGAACACAUCGCAGCCAAGCUCACGCCCGCUUUCGCCCAUCUUCAAACCUCAAGCCUCUAAAUCCAGACCCAGCACCCCAUCGCCGACCAUUACCUUCUCCACCGCCUCUUGCGAGUCCCCCCUGGACUUCAGUUCCCCGGCCCUGUACACCUCUUGCUUGGACACGUCCGCAGCCCGACACCGGAUGUCUGUCAAGCCGCGAAACCAGAGGGCCAGCACCAAGAGGAGGGUGGUGGAGGUGGACAACCUAAACAACCACGCAGAACCCGUGCUGGAUCUUAGCUUUAAGCAGGAUGUGAUGGAAAAUCAUGGAACCAACGUUUUUUGUAGAACAUCUCAACAAUUCCUUCCAAACUCCUCAAAGAUGGACCCUCUCCAAACAGAGGCCGCACCAACAUCUUCUACUCUACCAGACCAAGCCUUACCUGGAAGAUUAUCCCCGAUAUCCUCCCGGGUUCUUCAAGUCAAGCUUCAGAGACAUGGAGUUGGAACGUCAAGCGAAAGACCACAUCCCUCCUUAGAACUGAAAGGAACAUCAGAAGAUUCCGGGUUUCAAAUCAAGACCCACGACAAGACCAGCACCCUUGGCAAGACUGGAUGGACUGAUAUAAAGGACGUCUCCACUAGCUGUGGAUCAACGGUGGCCAAGUCCUCACCUGUUUGUCUUCAGGAUCAAGCUGAAGCAGAUGGCAUAAGAGGGAUAAAAAGGCCCGGAUCUGGAUCCUUCCAUUUGUCCAACACUUAUGCCAAAAGCCGCACUGAGGUCAGACCCCGUUCGGGCAGUUUUGUGGGCUUCGUAGGGCAAGCGAGACACAAGACAGGAGCUGAGAAUGUAGCUCCUUCAAGCCAGGAGGAACUUAAAGAUCCACAACCCAGACAGAGACCCAUAACGGUGGGAAGACUUCGACAGGAGCAGAAAAGCUCUGUUCUUCCCUGGGAAAGGGACAAUCUGAAAACUGUGGAAUUGGCGAUGGUUCCUAAAACAGUCGGUCCGUCAGAGACUGCGGAGGCAAAGGAGGACGUCCAGGAAGAAGAAGAAAAAGAAGAAGGAAAGACGGUGUUUGGCUUUAAACUCCGCUCAACAUCCAACUCCAUGAGAUUCUGGUCCGACGGCUCUUCCAGGCGUCAUUCCAAGAUGUCUGAGGAGAAAAGUGGAGCUCUGAAUACACAAGAAGGUGGCGACGCCAUCGACGUGUGCAAAAAGGGCUCUGUGGGAGAUUUCACAGUGACAGAUCAAAAUCCCCUACGCCUACCUCCCACCUGGCCAGCAGAAGCCCCAACAGUCGUCUCCUCAAACCCGUCUGCGGAGUCUCAGUCCGCGCCACAGACCGCUUCGUGCGAGGUGUCCUGGAUGAGUCUGGCGAUAGAAAAGACCAGAAGCCUCCAUCAGCUUUUUGCAAAGCGGUUUCCCAAGGACUUUACUGGAGGGCAGUCCGCGGCGUGUCCACAAACCCCGCCCCAGCCGCCAAAGUCCGGCGAGGUCCUAAAUGGGACACAAAUCCACUCUCACACUGUAAGAUUGCAACAAUGUGUAGAUGAAGGUGGUAAAGGAGAACCGGAGCAAAGUAAGACAACAAUGAAGACAUGGAAAGAACCAGAAGUCCCACAAUGGGCGACACAAUCCCCCUUGCAUGCCGCUGCCCAAAGUAGACCAUCCCUUGCACAGUCUUACCCUACCUCAAGCCCGUCCUUGUGCAACUACCGAGGUCUCCAGCCGGUCGCCGUUUUACCCAAAUCUACGACAACGUCAGCCCAGACGUGUGCCUCCUCGUCCCCUCCAGUGGACGAGGAGAAAAGGACGGUGCUGGAAAUAGAGAGUCCAUCGCUGCUGGGGAAGAGGACAGUGUGGGCGGGGUCGGUCAGUGAGAAGGCCGCCUUCUUGGAGAAACAGGCAGAGUGGACUACUGGAGCUAAAGGGGUGGAGCUGAGGAAACCCCAAUCGGAAACAUCAAAGGCAUCUGGUGAACCCCCCGCACAGACGAAACCCCAAAGACAAGGUGCGUUGUCGUCCACGCAGUCCGAAACGCAACCCACGGCGAGGUUGACGAAAUGUGGUCUUUCAGAGACUCUGAGCCCCGCCAGAGUUCCCCGUGAGGAGAAGUGGAUGCGGAAAAACCCAGGGUCCUCGUCGUCUCCUUCUUCGUCACCCGUACUUCCGUCUCUGCCUGACGGCGGUCAGCCUUCCUGGAUGGAACUGGCCAAGAGGAAGUCCAUGGCAUGGAGCGACAAGACUAUGGACUGAGGAGGGCAACACAAAGUGAAUACACUCCCUUCACAUUUCAACAACUUUUUGUUGUCAACUUGGAUAUACUUUAGAGUUGUCAGUGAACCGAAGCUCCUAGGUGCCGGCAGCACUCGUGCAGCCCCAAACCAUGAUGCUACCACCACUUCACUGAAGCAUGACACAAUCAUCUUGGCACUCACUUGCAUUGCCAGAUGUUUAGUCAAUAAUAGCUUGGUGUGAUUUAUAUUUUUCAGUGGAUCGUAAAUCCAUACUGCUAUGCAAGUUUUACGCUGGCUACUCUAAAGUAUGUCCAAGUAUUCCUUCUAUAGUAUUGUCCAUUAGGAAAUAUAAUAAACUAUAUGCUGAAAUGUAAGGGGUGUGUUCACUUUUGUGAGACACUGUAUUACGACAUUAUUAGGUGAAUUACUAAAACAGGUACUGCAAAUAAGAGGAUGUUAAAACAUUCUUGAUUUAUUUACGAUACGUCUGUUUUGGUGAACCACACCUUGAAACACAGGAUUAUUUUUUUAACCAUUUAAUUCAUUUCUAGGGCAGUCCAGAAGGCUUGUUUAUUGAACUGUAAUAUACUGUAUAUUUUGUAUGUUAAUUAUCGUGUCCUUUAAAAAAAAUCCACUCCACCACUUUAAGAUAUAAUAUACUAUUACUGGAUGUGAUUUCACUCUUACCAAAAUUAUGGUUGUAU